AUGCGACCAGCUCGAGAGAAUGCAUCAGGUGAGAGAAGCCCGAGCGUUCCCGCUGACUUAGAGCGGAGCACUCCCGCAAGCCUGCCCUUCCCGCCCGACUCUCCGGCCCACCGGCCCCCAAACGCCACUCCAACGUAGUCUCCCGGCCUUUUCACCCUGGCUGCUCCAGCCCCUGGAGCGCCUUCUCCUCCCGCCACGCUGGAGCACCUUCUUCCCGCCCCGGCAAUGUACAGCCUGCUGGAGACUGAACUCAAGAACCCCGUAGGGCCGCCCACCCCAACAGCGGCCACUGGUGGCCCCGCAGCCCCGGGUGUUGCAGGCAAGAGUAGUGCGAACCCAGCCAGCGGCGCGAACGCAGGCAACGGUGGCGCGAACGGCGGCGGCGGGGGCAGCGACCAGGAUCGCGUAAAGCGGCCCAUGAACGCUUUCAUGGUCUGGUCCCGCGGGCAGCGGCGCAAGAUGGCCCUGGAGAACCCCAAGAUGCACAACUCUGAAAUCAGCAAGCGCUUGGGCGCCGACUGGAAACUGCUGACAGACGCCGAGAAGCGACCGUUCAUCGACGAGGCCAAGCGACUGCGUGCGGUGCAUAUGAAGGAGUAUCCGGACUACAAGUACCGGCCGCGCCGCAAGACCAAGACGCUGCUCAAGAAAGACAAGUACUCCCUGCCCGGAGGCCUCCUGCCCCCGGGCGCCGCCGGCGCCGCGGCCUCCGCAGCCGCUGCAGCCGCCACCAGCAGCCCAGUGGGCGUGGGCCAGCGCCUGGACACAUACUCGCACGUGAACAGCUGGGCCAAUGGCGCAUACUCGCUGGUGCAGGAGCAACUGGGCUACCCGCAGCCCCCGAGCAUGAGCAGCCCACCGCCGCCGCCCGCGCUACUGCAGAUGCACCGCUACGACAUGGCUGGCCUGCAGUACAGCCCCAUGAUGCCACCCGGCGCCCAGAGCUACAUGAACGCUGUGGCCACUGCGGCCGCCGCCUCAGGCUAUGGGGGCAUGGCGCCUUCGGCCGCCGCCGCGGCCGCCGCCGCCUACGGGCAACAGCCCGCUACCGCUGCCGCCAUGAGCCUGGGCCCCAUGGGCUCUGUGGUGAAGUCGGAGCCCAGCUCGCCACCGCCCGCCAUCGCUUCGCACUCGCAGCGCGCGUGCCUUGGCGACCUGCGCGACAUGAUCAGCAUGUACCUGCCACCUGGCGGGGAUGCGGCUGACGCCGCCUCUCCACUGCCGGGCGGCCAACUGCACGGAGUACACCAGCACUACCAGGGCGCCGGGACUGCGGUCAAUGGAACUGUGCCGCUGACCCACAUCUGA